UCCAGGCCGCUGGGUGCCAGCAGCUCGCGCAGCGCUUGGCGGAACAGCUAGCUUCAGGAAAAGACAGUUGACGUUGCUACGCUUUGCUAGAUGAUUGGCGAGGUAAGAUGGCGGCGCCAGAGGAGCCAGAAUUAUCCCAGGCGCAGACUGAAAAACUCCUUCAAUUUCAGGAUUUAACUGGUUUGGAAUCAAUGGACCAAUGCCGUCGAACAUUAGAGCAGCACAACUGGAACAUAGAGGCCGCCGUGCAAGACAGACUUAAUGAGCAGGAAGGAGUUCCCAGUGUGUUUAACCCUCCACCACCCAGACCGCUUCAGGUCAACACAGCCGACCAUAGAGUAUAUAGUUACAUCGUCUCAAGGCCACAGCCCCGGGGAUUAUUAGGAUGGAGUUACUACUUGAUAAUGCUACCAUUCAGAUUUACAUAUUACACACUUCUGGACAUAUUCAGGUUUGCCCUGCGGUUCAUCAGGCCGGACCCUCGUGGUCGCGUGACAGACCCUGUUGGAGAUGUCGUGUCCUUCAUCCAUAAUUUUGAGGAGAAGUACGGUCAGUCACACCCCGUGUUUUACCAGGGAACCUACAGCCAGGCCCUGAAUGAUGCCAAACGGGAGCUCCGAUACCUAUUAGUGUACCUUCACGGGGAGGAUCAUCAAGACACAGACGAGUUUUGCCGCUCCACGCUAUGUACAGAAGAAGUCUUAACCUUCCUUAACACGCGGAUGCUCUUCUGGGCGUGUUCCACCAGCAAACCCGAGGGCUACAGAGUGUCCCAAGCAUUGAGAGAGAACACCUACCCAUUCCUGGCGAUGAUAAUGCUGAAGGACCGCAAGAUGACGGUUGUGGGCCGGCUUGAGGGUCUCAUUCAGCCAGAGGAUCUCAUCAAUCAGCUCACCUUCAUCAUGGAGGCCAACCAGACAUAUCUGAUGUCGGAGCGCAUGGAACGUGAGGAAAGGAACCAAACCCAAGUGCUGCGGCAGCAGCAGGAUGAAGCCUAUCUGGCCUCCCUGCGUGCUGACCAGGAGAAAGAGAGAAAGAAAAGAGAGGAGGAGGAGCAGCGGAGGCAGGAGGAGGAGAAGGUCAGACAAACCGCUCUCGCUGAGGAACGGAGACGAAGAACGCUCGAAGAGGAGAAAGAGAGGAAGUCAGAAUGCCUUCCUCCAGAGCCACCUGCAGAUGACCCUGAAAGUGUCAAAAUAGUGUUCAAGCUGCCCAAUGACACACGAGUAGAAAGACGAUUCCUGUUUGGCCAGUCUCUGACGGUCAUUUACGACUUCCUUUUCUCUUUGAAAGAAACUCCAGAGAAGUUUCAGAUAGUCACAAACUUCCCUCGCAGAGUCUUGCCCUGCCUCCCAACUGAAGAGCAACCCAACCCACCCACACUGAAAGAGGCGGGACUCAGCCGCUCCGAGGUCCUUUUUGUUCAGGACCUUACGGACGAUUAAUAGAUGACAUACCUCUUCUACAUGGAAAUACACUUUCCCCAACACCCACCACCUUUUUUCCCCCCUUAUUUUCAUAUUUUGUUAAAUGGCCAUUAUGCAUAAGGGAUCACUGAGAUAAUAUCCUAACCUGGAAAAUUAAACCUCCUUGCAUCCGGUCCUUGUUUGGUUGUGUUUACAGGGUUCCCAAUAGCCUGGAAAGUCUUGAAUUUUAUCAAAUAAAUAUUUCUUGAAGUCCUUCCUUGAAUUCAUCUUUAUAUGGACGUUCAAAAGCUUUCCCAUUGUUCGUAUGAGCUAGCAGUUACUUCUCCUUCCUCCUCAUUACCAACUUAUGUCGCUGAAGCUCAGUCAGAUGCACUGAAACAGUAGCAUACUUUUGUCCACAAAUGAGUUUUAUCUGGGAAACUGAAGAGGAUAGGUUGAAUUAAUGGUUAUUAACCAGAUUGAAGAAGUGUUGAUUUCUGUGAUGGUGUGGAUGCCUUGGUGGUCAUUUUUUAUUAGUUUCAUUUAAUCCAUUUGUCCUUAUUCUACCUUCAUUCUGCCCUAAGUUUACACAUCCUCCACAUAGAUUAACAAGCACAACCAAAGCAGUGCUGCUUUCAGUGUUAAUUCAUGUGGCGUGGAGAGAACAUGUUGAACUUCAGGAAGCAGGUCGGUGAACUUGGACAUAAAUGACAAAAUGGGAACCCUGUUUUUUUUUCUUUAUUUUUUAUAAUGAGCCAUGACCUGUACAUAAGUUUAAUAUUUAAAACCCCCAAAUUUACUUUGCAUAUUGUUUUAUUUUCAACUAUUGUGUGUCAUAAAAUGACCAAAUGCAGAUUUGUUACUAUGUAAAGCAGACUGCCUCAUGAAGUUCAAACACACAAUAUUUAACAGAGGCCACAGUUUUUACAUGUGGCUUUUAUCUAGUAUAGUACAAGUCUGCCCAUAGUGUGCCUGUGGUUACUCAUAGAUGCCUGUUUUGCCUGUAACAUCUGAAUGGGCUCAUGUAAAGAUGUAAUUUUCCAACUAUAAAUUAAAAACAUUAAAAAAAUACUGGG